UAGAUCAUAACGACUAUCUAGAAAUAACUGACAAAUUCGAUGCGUUACGCGAAUCUACUAACAAAUUAAUAAUCGGAAAUAACGUACAAAUCACCAUCAACGAAGAAUUUGAAAAACGCAUAAACAACAUAACACAAGCAGCAAGAAGUCAAGCGAAAGAAAUCCAUGAUUUCAUCCGACAGUCUGGAUUUUACACCAACGAUCUUAACGCACUUCAACAAAAACUCCAUCUACAUAACGUCAUUUUUGGCCUCGACAAUGUUAGAGAACAAAUGAACAUAAUAUUCGAAUCGGUGCAGCUAGCAAAACUAGGAAUGCUGUCAAAAGCAUUACUUUUCCCGUCCGAAAUGGACUUCAUUAUAAACAUACUAGUAAAAGAAGGCAUUCAAAUAAGCAGCUAUGACCAAGCAUACCAAUAUUUGGAGCCAAGAGCAAUUCAUAAAGGUCAAGAGAUACAAUUGUUGGUAAAAAUACCGAAACUGAGAAACGGAAACUACUCCUUGCUAAGAAUCGAGCCAAUCCCUAAGAAUCAGGCAGUAAUACAAACACUAUCGAAAUAUGUUGUCAUCAACAAACAGGAAUCAUACCUGGUCGGCAAAUUCAACAGAAUCGAAAAAGAAUACAUCCUAAAAUUAACCGACCUACAAAAUAUCACAGGCAACCAAUGUGAACACCAAUUGCUACGAGCCAAUCCCAGUAGAUGUGUCACGACACACCACGACAAUAAUAUGGAAGUCGCGAAUAUAGAAAACUACGGGAUACUUAUAAAGAACGCUGAAACAGCAAUCCUGGAAAACACAUGCGAAUUUGGCAACAGAAACCUUAGUGGUACAUUUCUAGUAGGCUUCAGAAAUUGCACAGUGUCCGUCAACGGCAUUAAAUACGAAAACAAACAGAUGCAAUCUGAAGAGCAACCUAAUAUCAUACCACUUAACUCAAUCCAAAUAGAGACCAAGAAAAUUCACCUGGAUGCCUUCCAAAACACAACGUACCUCCACAUCAGCAACAGGGACAAAAUCCGUGAAUUAACAAAAACCAACAGGACCAUAAUUGCUCAUCAGGCUACAAGUUUUACCAUAAUAAGCAUGGCAAUUAUCAUAACUGCAUGGUGCCUCAUUGUAAAAAUUAACAACCUACGAAGAAAAGUCACCAUUACGGUAAAACCAGAAUUGGAUCGAGACGCUCCAAUCUAACAGGGGGGAAGUUAUGUGCCGACGCAUAAAGUUAUGUGCCGACGCAUAAGCCAAGUCGCCACAUCGACACAGCGGUUCCAAGGUCAGCCUACACAUGUGCCGACGCAGCGACGGCUCCCAGCGACGAAACCGGAGCGGUCACACGCCAACCCGCCACAUCGAUGCAGCGACGAAACCGGAGCGGACACAUGCCAAGACGCCACAUCGAUGCAGCGACGAAACCGGAGCGGACACAAGCCAAGACACAACAUUGACGCCGCGGUUCCCACGAGCAACGAAACCGGAGCGGCCCCGCGUCACGUGGCCGCCACGAUGGUGCAUCCCGGUGUGUCCAGUCCGGAUGGUCAGCCAAUCUUCAGUCUUGUUCCAGCCUUCAGAGUGUUCCAACCUUCAAUUCUAAUCCCGUUCUUAUUUGAAACGAUUAACAAAUAAAUAGAUUCUAUUUUUUAAAACUUAAACCUUCAU